CAACUGUCGCCUGUCGGUAAAUUUCUUUACUUAUUAAAACAGCGUGGAAACAAGUAGGUCUCAAUUUUAAAUUGAAUUCCUUUUGAAUAACAACGUUAUGGGUAACGUACAAGCUUCAUCCAAUUUACCACCGAUGCCGCCGAAUAUGACACCAAUUCCGCCACCCACGACACCACAAAAGCUGCCUCCCGAAAAUCGCAUCGAAAACCCCGGAUCGGUUGAAGAGCUACACAAGAAAUGCAAAGAACUGUUUCCUAUGACCUUUGAGGGCAUCCGACUUGUCAUCAAUAAAGGACUGAGCAAUCAUUUUUUCGUUAGUCACAGUCUUCUCAUAGGAGCAACCAGUCAAACAUCAAACUACAAAUUUGGAUCUACAUUUGUAGGUACCAAUCAGGUUGGACCUGGAGAUUUCAGUCCUCUUUUGAUAGGUGACAUUGAUCCCCGUGGAAAUAUUUCUACAAAUGUUAAUGUACAACCCUGGGAUAAUGUCAAAAUCAAACUUAAUACUCAGUUUCAAGAGUUCAAAACAAAUGGAGUUCAAACAACUGCUGAAUAUAGAGCAGACAGAUAUACAGCUACCUUGUGCUUAGUCAAUCCUGAUUUAUUCAAUUAUACAGGAAUUUAUAUUUCUCAGUAUUUAUAUGCUUUGAAUAACAAAACAUCAGUAGGUGCUGAAGUCAUUCACCAACGCAGUCCACAAAUUCCAAAUGGGCAUAUAACAGUAUUUAAUGUCUUGGGAAGAUAUAUAUAUGAUGAUGCUACCACAAUCAGUACUACAUUGAGUUUUACGGGGUUGCAAUGCUGCUAUCAUUUCAAAGCUAGUGAGCAACUUCAGUUUGGUGUAGAUCUUGAAGGUAGUCUUUUACAACGAGAUAUCAAUGCAACUUUUGCAUAUCAAGCACAAAUUCCUAAGUCAGAUAUCAACAUUAAAGGUAGCAUAGAUAGAAAGUGGAAUGUAAGCACGACACUGGAAAAACGUUUACACCCAAUGCCAUUUACAUUUGCAUUGAGUACUAUGUUUUCUCCUGCCAAACAUCAAUUAAGAAUGGGAGUUGGAUUUUUAGUCGGUUAAUUUAUACAACAUUAAAUUUUGAUGUAGUCGUAAACAUUUUGGACAUUUUUUUCAUUCCCACUUGUUAUAUAAUAUAAUAUAUUGUGUUAUUAUUGAUUAAAUUCAAUAAUAAUGUAUACCUCUAAAAUAUAGAAUUAUUCUCAGAUUAUAUCUAGUAGAUGUAAACAAAAUUACAACUGUUUCAUGCCAUUUAUGCAUUUGUCGGAAGUUAACAAACUGCAAAUAAAGACAAAAUAUGGCAUAGAAAUGGAAUUCAAAAAUAAUUCUUUAAAUGCUUGAAAAUAUAAGACAAAAACGUUUUGCAAUUUUGAAAUUUUUAGAAAAAAUUAUUAUAAAUUCAUAUAAAAAUAGAAAUAGUGACAUUACUUACUCUUUUGACUGAAAUAAACACCCCUUUUUUAAUUUAAUGACCAUAUUAAUAGUAAAAUAAUAAACAAUCAAAUAAAUUCCAAAUUGCCAGCAAUAAAGUAAAUAAUUUAUUAUAAAUAAAAUAUAAGUUCAUUUGUUUUUUAAUUAUAUAAGUGUAUCAAAGUCCUUUCCAAAUAAUGUAUUUAAUUCAUUUUUCUUUUCUGUUUGUAGUCCACACUGAAAAAAAAAUUAUGUAUUUAAAUUUAUUAUGAGACCACACUCGAAAAUACAUAUAAUUUAUAAUAUUAUGUACCUUGCAAUUAAUUUUUUUUUUAUAUUUGAUUUUUUUACUUAUCUAAGUAAGUUGUUUGUUUAGCUAUUUCUUAUAACAAAUGUUAAAUAAUUCAAAUCUUAAUUCAAUAAAAGGUAAUAGAAUGUGAACAAA